AUGUCCAACACAACCCCAGACACUCUCCUCAAACUCGCCUCUGAACUCUCUACACUCGGCACCACUCUCUCAGCCGCAGGCACCAAACUCGCCGCCGCAGCUGCGUGUCUAGAGCAAGAAGCAGCAAACAUUGCUCUAGCCAAUGCACAGAAAUGGGGGGUAGAUGUCCAGGUUGCGGUUAGAGCGGGACCAGGAGUGUAUCAUGCGCAGGGAAAAGGGCAGGGACAUGAGGUUGUUGUUAAUGGGGUUAAGAAGUGA